CGCCCGAGUGACGGUGACGGGCCAAUAGAACGAGGAUGAGGGCGGGCCUCCGCGGCGCGCCGGCCAAUGAGGAACGGGGGGCGUGGCGCAGUGGGGACCGUCGGCGGCCUGGUACGGACGGCGGAGCGCCGCGCAGCUUGAGCCUCUGCGAAGCGGCCGGUGGGCCCACUCCUAGCCCGGCACCAUGAACGUCUUUGACCGAAACAUCAACUUUGACGCCCUCUUCAAGUUCUCCCACAUCUCGGCUUCCACCCAGGAACACCUGAAGAGGGUCUACGCCAGCUUUGCGCUCUGCAUGUUUGUGGCGGCCGCGGGGGCCUACAUCAAUGUGGUGACCCACCUCUUCCAGUUCAGCCUCCUGACCGGUCUGGGCGCUCUGGGGCUGAUGGUCUGGCUGACGGCCACCCCGCACAGCCGGGAGACGGAGCAGAAGAGGCUGGGGAUGCUGGCCGGCUUCGCCUUCCUGAUGGGCACCAACCUGGGUCCCCUCCUGGAAAUAUGCAUCUCCAUCAACCCCAGCAUCAUCCCCACCGCCUUCCUCGGCACCGCCACCAUCUUCGCCUGCUUCUCCCUGAGCGCCCUGUACGCCCGGCGCCGCAGCUUCCUCUACCUGGGAGGUUUCCUGCUCUCCGGCCUCACCUUGAUGCUUCUCUCUUCUGUGGUUAACACCUUCGUGGGAUCCACUUGGCUCUUCACAGCCAACCUCUACCUGGGGCUGAUGAUCAUGUGCGGCUUCGUGCUCUUCGACACACAGCUCAUCAUCGAGAAGGCGGAGAGCGGGGACAAGGAUUACAUCUGGCACUGCAUCGAUCUCUUCCUCGACUUCGCUAACAUCUUCCGGAAGCUCCUGAUGAUCCUGGGCAUGACCGAGAACAAGAAGAAGGAGAAGAAGUGAAGCGGCUCCAGGCCGAGAAAGCGGCCGAUUUGCAGAUGCUGCUGGAGUUCGGCUCCCCCACCCUCCCCGGCCCCGCUCACCCUGAGCCCGCGUCCCUCAGCCUUGUUGCCGACACCUGAGCUUUCCACGGAGGUUUCUCCCCAGCUGCAGCCUUGCGCAGGGAGCCGGGGCGAUUUUCCCCCACCUGGGCAGCCCCGAGCCCCCCCCAUGCCAGCCCGGGACCAGGGGGGGAUAGGGGGUGGGGGUGGCGGUGGGCCCCCUCGAAGCCAAACUCAACGGUGCCAAGAAAUACAGGCAGAAAAAGAAAACGAUGGGUUGGGCGAAGGUGUCCAGCGGGGCCGGCACGGUUUGACUCCGAGCUUUCCCAAUCCCGCCAACACCUCUCUGUACACCGGGAAG